AUGCAUCUGGUAUCGAGUCAAUCUCUACCGCACAAUGACAAUACAAAUGCAAACCUCGUCCGUCGGUUAAGCGGUGCUACUGGUGAUGAAAACAAGACCGUGCCGUUCAACUCAUGGGGUAAUACCAUGACAACACUAAAAUAUGGACUCUCCUUUAUCAUUGUUCUUGUCGCGGCUCACCCUCUUGGACUCUUGUUCCCCAAGUUCUUUAAACUACCAUUGAUUACGGGCUAUCUCUUCAUCGGGAUUAUUGCUGGCCCCUUUGCUACGAACCUCAUUACGGCAGACAUUGUGAAUCUCCUGUCCAACUACGUGAGUGCUUUGGCGCUAUCUUUUAUCUCGUUCCAGGCAGGACAGGAGAUUUACCUCCCAGAGUUGCGUCCACAACUCAAGUCGAUUAUGAUUCUUCUCGGUGUACUGUACGUGACGGCCAUGGUCAUUCUCACAUCUGCAAUCUUGCUUGCCGAGAGUGCCUUCUUCUAUGGUAACCUCGCACUGAAUUGUCAGCUGGGCAUUGCACUCAUGUUUGGGUCUGUUUCUGUGUUGGGAUCACCGGCGACGGUAAUGGCUAUCAAGAUUGAGCUAGAUAGUGUCGGUCCCUUUACUAGUCUUAUGCUUGGUGCUACGAUGACGGCAGAGUUUGUGGUGCUCGUAUCCUUUUCGAUGUCGCGUAUCGUGUGCUCCAUCUACUGCGCUGAGUUGGAUGUUUCGUUGAUCAACCUUCUGUUCACCCUGAGCAUUGUCAUGUCCAACGUCUUGGUCGGGGUAGUUUUGGCUGGCUUGACGUUUGCAAUCUUCCAGAUUCCUGGAGGUAAGCAUCAUGAACACGUGAACAGCCCUCACAGCAACAAUGUUGACGCGAGUCCAAGCGCUACAACGUACUAUAACCAGAGGACCCAAGGGAACGAUUCUUGUGUACAGAUUGAUAGGACCCCACAUCCAAACAGUGACUCUACUAUCGAGAAUGGGAAGAAUGGUGGUGCUUUGGCCUCUCUAUUGACGCCUCAGACGUUGCUCUGCUUGAAAGGCUUCAUGUGGUUGACCAUGGGGUAUGUGUUUUAUAUCUCAACAAAUACCAUUGCCAAGGUCACUGACGCGGCAUUUGGUUUGUCGUGGGAGGUAAAGUUUGAGCCACUGCUUGUGCUCAUGAUCGCUGCAUGUAUUGCUGGACAUCACUCGGGCAUUCGGCAUGAUAUGCACGUUAUCCUUGACACCGCGGCACCAUACAUGUUCCUGCCAUUCUUUGUGAUGACGGGUGCAGCAUUGAAGCUGAAUCAAGUGGUACAUGCUAUUCCGCUCAUGGCAGUGUACGUGGUGCUACGGUACAUUGCGAUCUUCAUUGCGUGUUACGUCGGUGGUCGUUUCUUGCUCAAGUUGCCACCAAGACAGUACAAUAACCUUUGGUUGACAAUGACACCACAGGCUGGUGUUGCAUUGGGUCUUGCCAACGAGGUGAUGGCAUUGAGUGAUGAGACAUGGGCAGCCGACUUUGCAGCAACGAUCGUGGCAGCAGUAGUGGUGAACCAGAUCAUCGGUCCUGUGCUAUGCGCGAUGGGCUUAGGUCGUGCAGGUGAGACGGCAAAGGACCGUAUACAAGAUGAACAAGAGCAUAAGGACGUGGAGCAGCAAGAUAGUCACGAAGAUGAUGUGAAACCACGACCAAGUCGCUUUUCCAUCCGAGUCAGUCAAACGAGCAGACCAAGUCGCUUUUCUAUUGUUGAUGUUGGAGACGCGAGACCGUUGCCACCGUUUCGUGAGGUGAAAAAUGCCGUUGUCAUUGGAGACGACGAAGUGGCUUUUGAGAUUGCACUCCAGCUUUCACUCUAUGGUGCCCAUGUGAAUGUGCCUCUAUUAGAUGAAGAACGUGCACAUAAGUGGCAAAAAAUGAAUGAAGCAAUUCUCAAGCGUACGGUCAAAGGUGGACCUAUUUCCUACAAGAAUACACUCAAGGACCGUGAUAAUGCUCAAGCCAUGUCAUCGGCCGAUGUGAUUAUUUUCACGUGUGAUGCGAAUCGUACACGUGAGAAUGUACACUUAUUAAAGUCUCUAUUGGGUGAAUCCCAUCCACGAAUGAUUGCACUUGUACCGGAUUCCAAGUUUAGCAAGGAGAUGAAAGCACAAGGUGCGCUAGUUCUUCAACCAUCGAUUGCUCUUGCUAAUAUUGCAACACGUAUGGCACUCUUGGAGACGAAAUUAGCUGACUCGUUGUCAAAAGAAACAAGUACGACCAGUGAUUUUACACCCGCCUCGUACUUUUUACGUGGUCCUAGAGAUUUAUCGGAAGUAAAUCUAGAAGGUCGUCGUAUGUCACUACGUCGAAGCAUUGUGAACCAUCAUGCAGUGGAUUAUGAUCGUCUGAUGGCAACGCUUGCUGCCGUCAAUGUCCCUCCUCCUCCUCCGUCUCGUGUCGCAAUGUUUGGCACGUCUUCUGCUUCGGGCUUUGAUCCAUUUUCAAAUCAACGAGAAACACUUGCCUCCAAUUUCUUUGUUGUACAUGAUGGCGCAGAAGGAGUGGAAGAGACAGUGCCCAAUGGCUUUCCAAAGUCUCGCUUCCGGUCAUUUUGUUGGUAA